CAUACACAGGGUACUGCUUGUACGUUAUACAGAGUCACAGACAGUGUAGCCAAUGCGAUAAUAUUAGAAGUGUUUUCACGCAUCUGCAAAAAAAAAAAAAAAGAAUAUGGAUCCCGCAGAGAGGUGUUUUGAAGGCCAUACACAAACCAAGACCCGUGAGGAAAAGACACAAUUCUACGACUCGUGGAGCAAACAGUAUGAAGAGGACAUGCACACUGUUGAAUAUCGUGGUCCAGCGAUUGUUGCCGAUGUACUUGCUGAAUUAUACCCCGGAACACGAGAGAAUGUCUGCAUACUAGAUGUUGCUGCAGGAACGGGUUUAGUUGGUGUAGAGCUAGCCAAGCAAGGAUUUGUCAAAGUCGAUGCAUUGGAUCCGUCUCAAGGAAUGUUGGAUGAAGCGAAGACAAAAGGUGUCUACCAAAAGAUGAUAUGUUCUUAUUUUGAUGAAAAAGAACUUAAUAUUGAACCAGAUACCUAUGACGUCAUCGUUAUAUGUGGAGCUUGUAGCAAUAGGCAUCUGCCAUGUGACUGCUUGUGGGAAGCCGUACGUCUGGUUAAACCAGGGGGCUAUUUUGUGAUGGCUACUCGUCCAACACAGCUGAAUACGAUACAGGAGUACAAAGGACAUUUGGAACCCUUAAUGGACGAGAUCGAAAAGGAGGGGAAAUGGGAAAAAGUCCGUUAGGAGAUUGUUUCUGAAUAUCACAAAGAAAAAGAUGGAAUCGUUUUUGUUUAUAUAAUGAAAUAGAUUUUCGAAAUUGACACGGUUAAUCGUGAUAGAUACGUUCCCUUAAUGCUUUUGGUUUUCACUUUGACCGCAGAUCCGUAAGUUUGAACAAAAAUCUUAAACAACUGGAGAAAACGUCAACAGCAACAACGAAUAUGACAUUUAAUAAAAAAAAAAUGUGUUUCACGAAAUGUUCAGGAUACAUAUAGCUUUGGCUGCAUUCAUCGCAAAAAGGGACAUCAUCCAAGAUGUAAAUAUUAAAAUGUGUAUGUCUUUUAUUAAAUCUUUAUAAUCAGUUUUAAUCACCAACGAAAAAACAAUCAAGAUUAUCACUCGAUUGUGGCUUGUUUCUACUCCAAAUAUGAAAACAAUGUGCAUUUAUGUAUGUGUACUAAAAAAAGCGAAUAAAAGACUUUUUUUACCUUUGUAAAAAAGUUCCGGUCACCUGAAACA